CUUGGAAAGUGAGCCCAGGUCCGCGGGGCAGCGCCGCUGCACCCGCAGCUUUGAGCGAGGAAAGAGGCUUUUGGCCCCGCUGGGUCCCGGGGGUUCCCGAGCGGGCAAAGCGGGUCGCACCGGCGAGAAGGAGGAGAAGAGGGCCCGGACGCGUUUUUGUCUGGGCACAAAAGUGUGCGAGGCUCCAGUCGGAGUGCCGGGGCGGCGGCGUUCCGGUGUCCGAGACCCUGAUGGACACAAAGUGGGUGACCUCUGAGUUGGCAUGGACAACUCAUCCGGAGACAGGGUGGGAAGAGGUCAGUGGUUAUGACGAGGCCAUGAACCCGAUCCGCACGUACCAGGUGUGCAACGUACGGGAGGCCAACCAGAACAACUGGCUUCGUACCAAAUUCAUCCAGCGCCAGGAUGUCCAGCGCGUCUACGUGGAGCUGAAGUUCACUGUGCGGGACUGCAACAGCAUCCCCAACAUCCCUGGCUCCUGCAAAGAGACCUUCAACCUCUUCUAUUAUGAGUCAGAUACGGAUUCUGCCUCUGCAAACAGCCCUUUCUGGAUGGAGAACCCCUAUAUCAAAGUGGAUACAAUUGCCCCAGAUGAGAGUUUCUCCAAGCUGGAGUCGGGCCGCGUGAACACCAAGGUGCGCAGCUUUGGCCCUCUCUCCAAGAAUGGGUUUUACCUUGCCUUCCAAGACCUGGGAGCCUGCAUGUCCCUCAUCUCCGUCCGGGCAUUCUACAAGAAAUGCUCCAACACCAUUGCUGGCUUUGCUAUCUUCCCGGAGACUUUAACGGGGGCCGAACCCACUUCCCUGGUCAUCGCACCGGGCACCUGCAUCCCCAAUGCAGUGGAGGUGUCCGUGCCCCUAAAGCUGUACUGCAACGGCGACGGCGAGUGGAUGGUUCCUGUGGGAGCAUGUACGUGUGCUGCUGGAUAUGAGCCCACCAUGAAGGAUACCCAGUGCCAAGCAUGCGGCCCAGGAACCUUCAAGUCUAAGCAGGGGGAAGGUCCCUGCUCUCCCUGCCCUCCCAACAGCCGGACCACCUCUGGAGCAGCAAUGGUCUGCACUUGUCGAAACGGCUUUUUCCGGGCAGACACAGACCCCGCAGACAGCGCCUGCACCAGUGUCCCCUCAGCCCCCCGCAACGUCAUCUCCAACGUGAACGAGACGUCGCUGGUGCUGGAGUGGAGCGAGCCACAGGACACGGGCGGGAGGGAUGACCUGCUCUACAACGUCAUCUGCAAGAAAUGCAGCGUGGAGCGGCGCCUGUGCACCCGCUGCGACGACAACGUGGAGUUCGUGCCGCGCCAGCUCGGCCUCACUGAGCGACGCAUCUACAUCAGCAACCUGAUGGCCCACACCCAGUACACUUUCGAGAUCCAGGCUGUGAACGGCAUCUCCAACAAGAGUCCCUACCCUCCCCAUUUUGCCUCUGUCAACAUCACCACCAACCAGGCAGCCCCAUCUGCCGUACCGACGAUGCACCUGCACAGCAGCACCGGGAACAGCAUGACGCUGUCGUGGACUCCCCCAGAGAGACCCAACGGCAUCAUUCUGGACUAUGAGAUCAAGUACUCGGAGAAGCAAGGCCAGAGUGAUGGCAUCGCCAACACAGUCACCAGCCAGAAGAACUCGGUGCGUCUGGACGGGCUGAAGGCCAAUGCUCGGUACAUGGUGCAGGUCCGGGCACGCACCGUGGCAGGAUACGGCCGCUACAGCCUCCCCACAGAGUUCCAGACAACUGCGGAGGGCGGUUCCACCAGCAAGACUUUCCAGGAGCUGCCUCUGAUUGUGGGUUCGGCCACUGCAGGGCUGGUGUUCGUCAUCGUGGUGGUGGUGAUUGCUAUCGUCUGCUUCAGGAAAGGGAUGGUUACUGAACACCUCCUCUCGUCUCCUUUGGGCAGGAAGCAGCGCAACAACACCGACCCUGAGUACACAGAGAAGCUGCAGCAGUAUGUCACCCCUGGGAUGAAGGUGUACAUUGACCCUUUCACCUACGAGGACCCAAACGAAGCUGUCCGGGAAUUCGCCAAAGAGAUUGACAUCUCCUGUGUGAAAAUUGAGGAGGUCAUUGGAGCAGGGGAGUUUGGUGAGGUGUGCCGUGGGCGCCUGAAGCUUCCUGGCCGCCGCGAGAUCUUCGUGGCCAUCAAGACACUGAAGGUGGGCUACACGGAGCGGCAGCGGCGGGACUUCCUGAGUGAGGCCAGCAUCAUGGGCCAGUUCGACCACCCCAACAUCAUCCACCUGGAGGGGGUGGUGACCAAGAGCCGCCCCGUCAUGAUCAUCACAGAAUUCAUGGAGAACUGUGCACUUGACUCCUUCCUCCGGCUGAAUGAUGGGCAGUUCACAGUCAUCCAGCUGGUGGGGAUGAUGCGAGGCAUCGCCGCUGGCAUGAAGUACCUUUCAGAGAUGAACUAUGUGCAUCGGGAUCUGGCUGCCCGCAACAUCCUGGUCAACAGCAACUUGGUCUGCAAAGUGUCUGACUUCGGGCUCUCUCGCUUUCUGGAGGAUGACCCAGCUGACCCCACCUACACCAGCUCCCUGGGAGGCAAGAUCCCAAUCAGAUGGACAGCUCCCGAGGCCAUCGCCUACCGCAAAUUCACUUCAGCCAGCGACGUGUGGAGCUACGGCAUCGUCAUGUGGGAAGUGAUGUCCUACGGGGAGCGACCUUACUGGGAUAUGUCCAACCAGGAUGUGAUCAAUGCUGUGGAGCAGGAUUACCGCCUGCCACCCCCCAUGGACUGCCCCACUGCACUGCACCAGCUGAUGCUGGACUGCUGGGUGCGUGACCGCAACCUGAGGCCCAAAUUUGCACAGAUUGUCAACACGCUGGACAAGCUCAUCCGCAAUGCUGCCAGCCUGAAGGUCAUCGCCAGCGUCCAGUCUGGCAUCUCCCAACCGCUCUUGGACCGCACUGUCCCAGAUUACACCACCUUCACCACCGUGGGAGACUGGCUGGAUGCCAUCAAAAUGGGACGGUACAAGGAGAACUUCGUCAAUGCUGGGUUUGCCUCCUUUGACCUGGUGGCACAGAUGACUGCGGAGGACCUGCUGAGGAUAGGGGUGACGCUAGCAGGGCACCAGAAGAAGAUCCUGAGCAGCAUUCAGGACAUGAGGCUGCAGAUGAACCAGACUCUCCCAGUGCAGGUUUGACCACAGGGGACUCUGCAUUGGAACGGACCAAGGGAACCUGCCAAAAAGGUUCAGUUUGCGGUGCAGCCCAGCUUCGUUUUCCCCUCCACAUGGCGCUCCUCUGCCUCGGACGGUCGCCUGGGACGGGAUGGGACGGGACACCCUUCCCUGGAUCGAAGGCACUCAUGCUGAGGGAGCCCAGCUUUUCGUCCCUUGUCCUGGAAUGGCGAGGCAGCAACACAUCUUCAUAUUGAAGAUGGAUUAUGGGACAGAGAUGGCACAUCCCACUUCCCACCCUGUCUUGGUGCUCAUCGGUUUGAAGAGUUGUUCUGCUUCUUGGAUUUCUUUUCACCCUGUUUUCCCCCAAUCCUCACUUCCCUCACCUCCCCGAGGCCACAGACUGUUGACCCGUCCGCCGAGUCCGUCAGACAUGUCCGAAGCCUUCCCUAAUUCUGUUCCCCACAUGGAAGCAGCCGGGGGAGGCCGAGCCAGCGACAGGGCUGGGGCCACCAGCCCCAGACAAUCACUCCUCUUCUCCAGCCCUGGCAAGCCCUCCGCCCAAGGGUCUGCACUGGAACGUGUCCGAAGGGAAGGCUUCUCUCCCUUUCUUGGCUUUGCACGCCAGAACCCGAACCCGAUUUACUAUGCAGGGAGUUAGGCAAAAAAAAAAAAAAAGAAAAAGGAAAAAAAAAGAGAUAUAUUAAAAAAAGAUAAGAGGGAGCAGAAAGGGGAGGGAGGGGGACCAGGUGCCCGGCUCCUCAUCUCUUACCCUCUUGGUUCUCCUGGCCGGCUCUGGACUGCAGAGCGAGGCCAUCAGCACGUUUGCACAGGGACCCUCCGCCCCCGGACCGACGGCAGCCGCGCUCCCCCCAGGGGCCGGAGAGCGGGGCUGGGGCGGGGGCUGCGCCGGGGGCCGCGGCUCCCCCAGCCUCCUCUUUUAUGCAGAAGGAGCAGGUGCCGCCGGCGCGGCUGCCCGCUCCUGACACACGCUGUGAUUGCUGCCAAAAGACUCACUCACCUUUCCCUGAGGAUUCACUGCAGCCCGGUUCCUCCGAGCCGAGGGAGAGACUCCCAGCGUGCCUGAGUGUGCGUGAGUGUGUGCAUGCGUGCGUGGGUGUGUGCUGGCCGCAGGACUGUGGGAGGCAAUGGGCAGAAUAAAGGCAAUAAGAAUUUUACCCGA